AUUUCUAACACAUCCCCUCAUCCCAUCAAUUUUCUCCCUAACACAACUGUCACCGGAGCUCAUAAUAUUGCACAACAGAUACGUUAAUUAUCCCAGCCACUAUGCAACAAUCCUCACUUCAAACCCGUCUCAACUUCAUCCUCCAAAACCGACCAGAACGAUGGCUUUACGCCAUAUUCUGGCAAGCCUCCAAAGACACUAAUGGCCGUGUUGUUCUCUUGUGGGCUGAUGGUUAUUUCCCUAACACAAGUAAUGAUCAUGACCAGAUGUUUGGGUGUGACGAUGUUUACGAUACGCGAUGGUUGAUGAUGUCUUCGGUUUCCAUGUGUUUCUUGGCCGGACAAGAUGUUGUAGGCGAGAGUUAUAGUUUGGGGUCAUUCUUGUGGUUGGCUGGUGACAUGGAGCUAAGGAGUUAUAAUAGUAAAAGAACUGAAGAACUUAGAAUACAUGGAAUCAAAUCUUUGGUUUGUAUUCCAACUCCUAAUGGUGUUGUUGAAUUGGGUUCUUGUGAUAUUGAAAAACAAGAUGGUGGUUUAAUUCAGUUAACGAAAUCUGUCUUCGAUCCUGGUAGUUUUUAUACUAAUGUUGAUGAAUGUGAAAUCCCUAAUCAAGGCUAUCAGAAUCAAGUAAGUGAAGAAGGACAGGAAGAAGUGAUGAGCAUGAAAAAGAUGAAGAAGUCAUCUUCAGAUUCAGAUCCAUUGGAAAUCAACAGCUCAUCACCAACAACCAACAACAUAACAAGCAUGCCUAAGAGGAGGGGAAGGCGAGCAAAGGGAACGGUUGCUCCACCGGAACUAUUGCCACCCGGGUACCAUGUGGAGGCGGAGAGGCAGCGAAGAGAGAAGCUAAACCAUCGGUUUUAUGCUCUCAGAAGUGUGGUUCCAUAUGUUUCAAAAAUGGACAAAGCUUCUCUAUUAGCAGAUGCGGUUACUUACAUCAACGAGCUUAAAUCCAAGGUCGAAACUUUAGAAAAAAUAACAGGUACUUCAGAAUCAUCACCAAUAAGUUCAAGAAACAAGACCCAAUUGAACUUAAAACAUAAUGACUAUAACCAUGUGGAUAAUCCAAGAAGUAUCUCCAGUUAUUCGACCGCUAAUCAGGUUGAAGUUGAGGUGAAAUCGCUAGGAACAGAAGCGAUGGUUAGGGUUCAAUCAGCGGAUGUUAACUAUCCAGCAGCUAAAUUGAUGGAUGCACUUAGAAGCCUUGAUUUAAGAGUUCAAUAUGCGAGUGUGUCAAGUGUGAAAGAUUUGAUGCUACAAGAUGUUAUUGUCAAGACUCCUAAUGGAUUCACAUGUGAUCAAGAAGACAACUUGAGACUUGCUCUUCUUAACAAAAUGUACUUAGAUUAGUAAUUAACUAUGUAUUCGUAUUUUCUUCCUUGUGUCAUUAAUUUUAUCUACUAAUCAAUAGUGCUAUAUAUAUUAUUAGCAAAAAAA